CUGUGCGAGCUCGCGCGCUCGGGUUCUGCAAGUUACCUGGGUGACGUCACGCGCUCGCCCCCGACGCGCGGCGCCGUCCUCCAUAGAGUCGAGGAGGCUCAAUCUGGCCGACGGAGCAGAGGAAUGAGGAGCCGCCGACAAGAAAACACACCGCACAGUUCAGCUGAACAGAGGAGGCCCUGGAUGAAGGAGUCUGUCACCACAGAGCGUGGAAAGACUUUGGUUCAGAAGAAGCCCACCAUGUAUCCCUCGUGGGGGUCCCAGUUUGACGCUCAUAUCCACGAGGGCCGUGUCCUAGAGGUGGUCCUCAUGCAGGUCACGGAGGAGCCUUUGGCCAAGGCCACCGUGGGUGUCUCUGUGCUAGCAGAACGCUGUAAGAAGUCCAAAACCAAUGCCCGCGCUGAGAUCUGGGUAGACCUUCAGCCCUCUGGAAGGAUUCAGUUGGCUGUGCAGUUUUUCUUGGAGGAGAGUGAUGCAGUGGCAUUGAAGCAGUCAGUGAAGACAAUCGUUGAAGAUGGAACCAUGACUCUCAACAGGAGGAGAGGAGCUUUCAAGCAGCCAAAGGUCCACAACAUUAAGGCCCACGAGUUCUGUGCCACUUUCUUUGGCCAACCAACCUUCUGCUCUGUCUGCAAAGAGUUCCUCUGGGGACUCAACAAGCAAGGAUACAAGUGCAGACAAUGCAACGCAGCAAUCCACAAGAAAUGCAUAGAAAAAAUAAUUGGCAGAUGCACUGGAACUGCAGCCAACAGUCGAGACACUAUGUUCCAGAAGGAGCGUUUCAAGAUUGAUAUGCCACAUCGCUUCAAGAGCCACAACUACAAGAGCCCCACAUUCUGUGAUCAUUGUGGCAGUCUGCUGUGGGGUCUCUACAAGCAGGGUCUUAAAUGUGAAGCUUGUGCCAUGAAUGUCCAUAGUUACUGUCAAUCAAAAGUGGCAAAUCUGUGUGGAAUCAACCAGAAACUACUGGCUGAGGCUCUGUCUCAAGUUUCCCAGAAAUCUAUAAAGAAGGCCGAUGACUCCAAUGACGCAGAUGUGGGGGUCUAUCAAGACAUCAAAAAUGCAACAACAGAUCCUAGUGCUGGUGGCAACAGCAAGCGAGAGAGUACUUCCAUAGUUGGUCCCCGUGCAGGCCUCACCCUGAAUCACCUGACCUUCCACAAGGUGUUGGGAAAAGGCAGCUUUGGCAAGGUAAUGCUGGCAGAGCUGAAGGGAAGGGGGCAGUACUUUGCUGUGAAGGUUCUGAAGAAGGAUGUAGUGAUCAUGGAUGAUGACGUUGAAUGCACCAUGGUUGAGAAGAGAAUCCUGGCUCUCGCCUGGGAGAACCCAUUUCUCACUCAUCUCUACUCCACGUUCCAGUCCAAGGAGCACCUCUUCUUUGUGAUGGAAUACCUGAAUGGAGGGGACUUGAUGUUUCACAUUCAAGACAAAGGCCGCUUUGAUAUCAACAGGGCCACGUUCUAUGCUGCUGAGAUAGUGGUGGGACUGCAGUUCCUUCACUCCAAAGGAGUUGUCUACAGAGAUUUGAAGCUGGACAACGUGAUGCUGGAUAAAGAUGGACACAUAAAGAUCGCAGACUUCGGCAUGUGUAAAGAGAACAUCUCUGUGGAUAACAGAGCCACCACAUUCUGUGGGACGCCAGACUAUAUCGCACCUGAGAUCCUGCUGGGACAAAAGUACACAUUCUCUGUGGACUGGUGGUCAUUUGGAGUGCUAGUGUAUGAGAUGCUGAUUGGUCAGUCACCAUUCCAAGGCGACGACGAGGAUGAGUUGUUUGAAUCCAUCAGGUCAGAUGUUCCUCACUAUCCUCGAUGGAUCACAAAAGAGUCCAAGAGCCUGAUGGAACAGUUGUUUGAGAGAGAGCCCACUCGCAGGUUGGGCGUAGUGGGCGACAUCCGUGCACAACCCUUCUUCAAAACGAUCAAUUGGUCAGAACUGGAGAAGAGACAAGUUGACCCCCCAUUCAAGCCUAAAGUGAAAUCCCCAAGUGACUGCAGCAACUUUGAUCGGGAGUUCCUCAACGAGAAGCCACGCCUGUCCCAAGCUACCAAAAUUCUUGUUGACUCCAUAGACCAGAGUGCAUUUGAUGGCUUUUCUUUUGUCAAUCCAAAACUGCAGCACCUGUUGAGCCACUGAAAAAGCACUGCAAAAAAAACUUUUUUUUCUUUUACUUUAUCUGAAUCAGAUUUAUUUUUACUCUUUCUCUCUAAGAGGAUACAGUAAAAUUAUACAAAGAUGUUUGUGGUAUCUAAAGAACAACCCUGUCUCAGCUUCAGGAAUGUAAGGGAGACUGUUAAAGCAUUGUCAUUAUUCUUGAUGCAUUUUGUGAUUUUUCAGCUAAUAUUGACACAUGCACACUUUGGAUCUAUACAAAUCACCCACCGUAUAUCAUAUGCAAGCACAAAAGUUAAAUGAUACAUACUGAAUGCACUCACCAUGUGCUUUGUCCUGUCGGUAUGCAUAUCUGUGUGCACUGUGUGACAACGCAUGUAUGCAAUUAUGUGCACAUAACGUGUUGAUGUCAGUGGAGCUACUGUAGCCAGUAAAUUGUCUAUUAAUGAAUGAGUAUUCACUUGGUCCAGCCUUGAUUGAAAGAAUUAUUCGGUACUGUGGUUUAAGAGUUUAAUUGAUUUCUUCUACAUAUUGUAGAACUUUUAAAUGAAAAAUCCUUCCUCAGUUUCAUAUACCUUAAUAGAUGAUCAUCGAUUUCUUAAAGAUUUUAAUGAGAAUAUAUAUUUUUCUUUUGUGCCUCGCCAGUGUCGAACAUUAUUCUGUAUGUCCGUUGAAAAUAUGGAACAAUGCCCUAACGUGAUUUAUGAAGAUUCUUUUCAGACCAAAAAGAAGAGCAUCCUGUGUUUGUGCUGCACCUGUACGUCUGUAUACAUUGAAGGAUAUUAUAUAUGUGAAAGGUGGGGGGUUUCAGUGUAAGAGUAAAUCUUUAAUAUAUGGUUUUAAGUAUGUUAUUAAUAAUUGAAUGUUGGGAUUUUAACACAAAUAGAGGUGUAUUCAGAAUAAGAAUUUGUAUGUGAUCUUUAGCUUUUACGUGAGUUGUGGGCCUUUUUUUACUUUAUCUUUUACAUUUGAUUCGGAAUAAAUGCAUUAUGAACUAAAAAUCCAGUGUUUGCCAUUGUGAUGAAUUAGUUGAAGACCAAGCGUGGCAUGGAGAACAUCAGAAACAAUGGAUGCAUUCUUGUUUGUAUCACAAUUAAUAUAGCUACUCUAAUAUCAUGCUGUGUUCUGACAGGCACUGCGUGUUUUCGGGGAUUCCUCACGUGAUUGUAUCAAUUUAUUUCGCUUUUUAUUUGUAUUUAUUAGACGUCUUAAGGAAGGGCAAACGAUCAACAAAAACUACAGUAGGGAUCGUCUGCCAGUUUAAUAUGCGCGACACUUUAGCUCCACCUAGCGGCCAGGUGUUGGAAUGCACCCCCCCGUCUUCUGGAGAGACGUUAUCGCCACGCGCCAGCUUUGUAAUCUGUUCUGUGUCCCGUGUCCUGUCUCACUGUGUGCUGUAAGACAAAAAGAAGCUCCAUAACAGAAUAAACUG